AUGUCUUUACUAGAGAAGAUAGAAAUAAAUAUUGAAAAACCUCAAAACGACACAAUAAAACUUAUUGCUCAAAAUAAUGCAACCUUUACAUAUUCGGAUCAUUUAAGCCCUUCGUACACCCCCGCUAAUGAACUUACUUGUGAUAUUGACUAUGACGAAUUAUUAGAAUUAAAAUAUAAAGCACAAGGCGGCUUUGGUAGGAUUUACACGGCACUAUGGAGAGAACAACUUGUUGCAGCAAAAUUUAUUGUUAGAGAAAACUCAAAAGAUUUUACCCGCGAGUUGAGAGCCUUGAGGAAAUCUAAAGAAUGCGAAGAACAUAUCAUCAAAUUCUUCGGAUUAUCUAAAGAUAAAGGAACCGGAGAAUAUAUUUUUGUAAUGAAAUAUGCGGAUAGCGGCUCUUUAAAAGAUUAUCUUACUCAAGAGCUAACAUUAGAUCACAAGAUUUCUUUAUGCAAAGAUAUUAUCAAAGGAUUGGCAUUUUUGCAUAAACAUAAUAUAAUUCACAGGGAUUUACAUCCCAAUAAUGUUCUAAUUCAUCAAGAAAGAGCUCUUUUGGCGGAUUUUGGCCUUUCGAAAUCUCUUUUAUCAAAAACAUUAUCAAAAAUUCGAGGAAUACCCCCUUAUGUCGACCCAAGAGUGCUAAUCGAUGAUUCCGAUUAUCCACAUCCACUUGAAGUAUCCUAUGAUAUUUAUAGCUUUGGUGUGCUAAUGUGGGAAAUAUAUACUUGUUCCCCGCCAUUUAGUGGUAGAAAUUUUUAUACUCUAAAUUUUCAACUUUGUAUGAACGGUUUGAGAGAAAAGCGAAUAGUAGGAAUGCCUAUGGAUUACGUAAAAAUAUAUGAAAAAUGUUGGAGCAACGAUCCUUCAGAUAGACCUAACACUACCAGAGUAUUGAAAGACCUUGAAAAGUUGAAAAAACAACCGACUGUAACAAAAGAUGAUAUUAAGAAUAUUCAAGAAGAUCAUGAUUCAAAGCUAUCAAUAAUUACGACCAAAGAACUUGAAAAAGUUAACAGAAAUUCAAAUGACAACGUUCAACAACGUGAGCCGAAAAAUAAUGAACUACAUAAUAAAAUCGAGGGAGAAGAUGACAAGAACGUAAACUUGAUGAUUGAGAUGAUUGAUGACUUGAAAGCAGAAAAUCUUGCCAUGAAAGCAGAAAGUCGUGCCAAAGAUGAAAAGCUCUUGAAUAUGGAAAACAUGAUCGGAGAGUUAUGCCGAGAAUUGAAGAAUAUCAAAGAACAAUUAAGAAUGACCGAAGGGUUGAAUUGUAACAACUCGGUAGAAAUGGACGAGUCGACUAGGGUAACUUCGUCGGUUGACCGUUGA